AGGCUCCGCUCCGAGCCCCCUGCACUCCCGGCUCGGGCCAGUCCGGCCCCAUGCGCCGCCUGCUCCUGCUGCUGGCCGGGCUGCUGGCGCCCCUGCGCGCCUACGAGCCGGACUGGGGGAAGCUGCAGGGGCUGGCCCGGGGCAAGGUGGAGACCUGCGGAGGAUGAUGGCUGAAUCGCCUGAAGGAGGUGAAGGCUUUUGUCACCGAGGACAUCCCUCUGUACCACAACCUGGUGAUGAAGCAUCUCCCUGGAGCUGACCCUGAGCUUGUGCUGCUCAACUUCAGAUACGAGGAGCUGGAGAGAAUUCCCCUGAGUGACAUGAGCCGGGAAGAGAUUAACCAGCUGGUGCAGGAGCUGGGAUUUUACCGCAAGGAGGCACCUGAUGCCCUGGUGCCUGAGGAGUUCCAGCUCGCCCCAGCCAGGCCUCUGCCCAUCCUGCAAGCGAAGGAGCAGGGCGCUGGACCACCCUUCCCCCCAGCUCCUGCAGCUAAGAGCGAGCAUCCCAGGAUGCCUGGCAACCAGGAACACCCAGAUCUAUAGAAAGCAGCCAAACAUGUGCAUGGGGAGGGGUGUGCGUGUACACACGGGGUGUAUGGACUGGAGCUGUGCAUCCACCCCACUGGUAGGUGUGACACAGCUUCUGCCCCCUAGCGGGCAUUGUUCAGGGCACAAUAUGUUCUAUACCAGCCCUGGGUCAGCAGCCCUCCCCUGCCUGCUGCCCAGCCCCAUGGCUGUUAACAGGCAGUCCCAUGGCACCCAGACCAGCACAGUGCUUCUGUGCUGUGUCAGUGCCCUCUGCCUGCAGGGACAGAAUGAAGCCCUCAGCUGAAAGCUCUGGGUGCUGAGGGUGGAUGAGCUGAGUCCCAGAGGGCACAGGGUCGCUGCCCCCUGCCAUCUGCGCUGUGGUCCAGGGGCUUGUGUCCACAGCUGGAAUAAAGGCCCCUUCACCCCA